AUGCGUUGUCAUCACGUCUCCCUCGCCCUGACCUACGCGGCCCUCGCCUCGGCCUGUCAGCGAGACUUCUUCGUCGAGAAGCGGCACACGCACCGCAAGCCCAUCACGAAGCGCGCCGACGACGUGUGGCCGCCCGUGCUGUCGGACGAGGAGACCAUCCUGGUCAAUGCCUUUGACAAUGUCACCGUCGAUGAGUGGUCCGACUACUACGGCCACCAAGUCAAGCUCGCGGGCCUCGGCAAAGGAGCGGCGCAGUGGACGGCGGAUCGGUGGACCGAGAAUGGCUUCGAUGCACAUCUCAAUGAGUAUCAUGUUUAUUUAAGCUACCCGGUGCAUGCUUCGCUGCAAAUCACGUACGCCAAUGGCACGACGAGCGAUGUCAGACUGGAUGAGGAUGUGCUGGAGGAGGACGAUGUGACGGGGCGGGAGGACAGGCAGCCGACUUUUCACGGUUACUCUGCGUCAGGCAAUGUAGCUGGAGAAUACGUCUACGUUGGACGUGGCUCACAGGCAGACUUUGAUCGUCUCGUCGAACUUGGAGUUGAGCUCGAAGGAAAAAUUGCAUUGGCCAGAUACGGUGGACUCUUCCGUGGUUUGAAGGUGAAGAAUGCGCAGGACCACGGCAUGAUCGGUGCUGUCAUCUUUACCGACCCCGGUGACGAUGGGAACCAGACUGUGGCCAACGGCUACGAGGCGUAUCCACACGGUCCUGCUAGAAAUCCCAGCUCUGUCCAAAAGGGCUCCGUCCUGUUCCUCUCCACUCACCCCGGUGACCCAACCACCCCAGGCUACCCAUCUCACGAGGGCGUCGAACGUGCAGACAUUUCGCCCGUCACGCCCAAAAUUCCCUCAAUCCCCAUCUCCUACGCGUCCGCCGAGCCUCUCCUGCAGGCCCUGGACGGCUUCGGAGUGUCCGCAGAGGAAGUCAACCGCACAAUCUGGGCGGGCGCGUUGAACGCCAACUACAGCUCCGGCCCGACCCCCGGCGUCACACUGCACCUUGACAACUUGAUGGAAGGUAAGAUCACGCCCAUCUGGAACGUCAUUGGCCGAAUCAACGGCACCAAUGCCGACGAGACGAUUGUCAUUGGGAACCACCGCGACACCUGGAUGAUUGGAGGCAACGGCGACCCCAACUCUGGAUCUGCUAUCCUGGUUGAGUUCACAAAAGCCGUCAACGUACUUGUUUCCAAGGGCUGGACGCCGAGGAGGAACAUCGUGAUAGCGUCAUGGGACGCCGAAGAGUAUGGCCUCAUCGGCAGCACCGAAUGGGUCGAGGAUAACGCCAACUGGCUCACCGAGACGGCCGUGGCAUAUCUCAACAUUGACGUCGCAGUGUCAGGCCCGAGACCCGCCCUCGCAACCACGCCCGAGUUACAAACCGUCGGUACCGAGAUUUUCAAGAAGAUCAUCUACCCCAACUUUGGCGGCUUCAACAUCAGUCUCUACGACGCCUGGCUGGAGUCUUCUGAAGGAAUCGUUGAGUCGCUGGGCAGCGGUAGUGACUAUACUGGCUUCUUACAUCGGGGCAUCAACUCGCUCGACGUCGGCUCGAACAACGGCGCCUCCGAUCCAAUCUGGCACUACCACUCAAACUACGACACCUACCACUGGAUGGCCAACUUUGGCGACCCUAAUUUCCUCGUCCACGCCGCUAUCGGCCAAUACCUCACACUCCUCGCCUUCCACCUCGCCGAUGACGAGGUCCUCCCCAUCGAUGUGCCCAACUAUGCCACGGAGCUGCGCGCUUACCUCUCCGACCUCGAGGAGUACGCAGAAUCCGAGGGCGCUGAGAUCGACCUCUCGGAGCUGUCCGAUGCCAUCGAGGUCUUUGCGACGCGGGCCGACGAGGUCAAGGCCUUGGAGCAGCUCGCCGUCGCGACCGGGGACGCGGACCUCAUCACGGUCGUGAACCACAAGUACCGCGACUUCCAGCGGGGGUUCAUCAGCCAGGGCGGUCUGCCUGAUCGGGAGUUCUACAAGCAUGUCAUUACUGCCCCUGGCUUGGAUACAGGAUACGCUGCUGUUCUGUUCCCUGGUAUCACUGAAGGCAUCCAAUACGGGAAGGGAAACCUCACCGUUGCUGAAGAGUGGGUUUCCAAGACUGCUAGAGGUAUCCUGCGGGCUGCAGACAUCAUCAAGACGUAA